CAGGCCUCUUAGGUCUCCGAAGGAAGCAUCCCGAAGCCAGCUGGUCUGGCUUUGGGGUAAAUCAAUGGACAGAGUGAAACAAAGGCUGCCGAAAGAAGAGGAAGUGUUGUAGACAGACGCAGAGGAAGAAAGGAGUGGGGGAGUCGAGAUUGGAACAGCAGGUUCUGUGAACAACAAGGUGAAACAGGUUGUGGUGUUGAAAAGCACGUUGCGAAGAAGAAAGACUGUAUACAAGAAGAGAGGCUGUUGCACGAUGUGCUAGGACAGCGCGGGAACAAAAUCGUGUUGUUUGUCUGAUAUUGUUGAGGUGUCAGAGAGACCAGAAAGGAAGCAGCCAUGGGGCGGAAGAAGAUACAGAUCACCAGGAUCAUGGAUGAGAGGAACAGGCAGGUCACCUUCACAAAGAGGAAGUUCGGCCUGAUGAAAAAGGCCUACGAGCUGAGCGUUCUGUGCGACUGUGAGAUAGCCCUCAUCAUUUUCAACAGCUCUAACAAACUGUUCCAGUAUGCCAGCACAGACAUGGACAAAGUGUUGCUGAAAUACACAGAGUACAACGAGCCCCACGAGAGCAGAACCAACUCUGACAUUGUAGAGGCGCUAAACAAGAAAGAACACAGAGGUUGUGAUAGCCCGGACCCCGAUGCCUCAUAUGUCCUCACUCCUCACACAGAAGAAAAGUAUAAAAAAAUUAAUGAGGAGUUUGAUAAUAUGAUGAGAAAUCAUAAAAUCCCCUCAGCAUUGCCUCAGCAGAACUUCUCCAUGCAUGUGGCAGUGCCUGUGUCCAAUCCCAAUGCCAUGUACCAGCCAGGAGGGAGUCUGGGCAGCCAGGCCCUGGCAGCAGCCGCUGCCUCCCUGAGUGACAGUGGGAUGCUGUCCCCUCCACAGGCCUCCCUGCACAGGAACGUGGGCUCAAGUGGAGGACCGCAGAGGCCCACCAGUGCAGGUGGCAUGCUGGAUAACACAGACCUUUCACUGCCAAGUGGUGUGGGCUCCAGCCCAGCGGGGAACGGUUUUGUUAACCCCAGGGGCUCCCCGGGCGUCCUCAGCACCCCCAGCGGCAACGGCCUGGGUAAAGUCAUGCCCACCAAGUCUCCACCACCACCUGGAGGGAACAUGGGGAUGGGAGGCCGCAAGCCAGACCUGAGGGUCGUUAUCCCUGCAUCUAGCAAAGGGAUGAUGCCCCCGCUGUCGGAGGAGGAGGAAAUGGAUUUGAACACCCAGAGGAUAAGCGGCUCCCAGCCACUGGCCACUCCGGUGGUGUCUGUCACCACCCCGAGCCUGCCCCCACAGGGCCUGCUCUACUCCGGCAUGCCCACCUCCUACAACCCAGCUGAGUUCUCCCUGAGCAGCGCCGAGAUCUCUUCCCUACAGGGCUUCGGCUCUCCUGGGCUCUCAUUGGGCUCCAUGUCGGCAUGGCAACAGCAUCAACUGGGCCAGGCAGCUCUUAAUUCUUUGGUGGGUGGAGGUCACCUACCUCAGGGCUCCAACCUCUCCAUCAACACCAGCCAGAGCAUCAACAUCAAGUCCGAGCCCAUUUCGCCGCCACGGGAGCGCGUCGCCGCCUCUGGCUUCCCGCCCCAGCAGCCGCAGCAAGGCUCCAGCCGGCAGGAAGUCCUGGGACGUUCGCCCGCUGACAGCCUCAGCUCCUCCUGUAGCUCUUACGACGGCAGCGAUCGCGAGGACCACCGGCCGGACUUCCACUCCCCGCACGGGCUGGGCAGGCCCCCCGCUGGCUCCGAGGACCGGGAGAGCCCCUCGGUCAAGCGCUUGCGCAUUGACACCUGGGUGACAUAAAGAGCCCCGCCGAAGCCUCCAGUCACCAGCCAGUCGGAGAGGGGGGGGAGGGGUUAGACGUGGAGAUAAAAUAAAGAGCGAGGGUCCUUAAAGCUAUUAGUAAGAUACUAUUAUUCAAGUCUAUUUCAAUUUGUAAGAUGGCCGAGUGGCAAAUAUUAUGAGACGUGUCAGGACAUAUCUAGUGAAGUAAAUCCUCAAACUGAUACAGAGAGAAUACAGGAAUCUCAGUUCGCUGGACUGAAGGAUAUGCACAAGCAGGUGGCGUCAGGUACUUGGUGCAAUUCAGAUGAGAGAUGUUCAAAGCAAAAUGGUUAAACAAUAAGGCGGUAGAUUAUUGUAGUCACUGGUCUAGUCAGACACUUACAUGUAGUUGCUGUAUUGCUGUUGUGCUCGCAAGUUGCAAUCAAUCAGAAAAAGUUGUGUUGCUUUCCGGCUGAGGACCCGUACAUAUGACGUUCACUGCAGAACUAUCUUUUAAAUCCUGCUGUAACCACACAAGAGCUUUAUCUCAAGUGGCCUCUUGUAAAGUUAGUGAUUCAGGAGACGCAGAACACAGAGUUAAUUAAGUCUAUAAAGAAUUUGGAUGACAGUAAAUAACAACAGUUGAGACUACUUUAGUGGACAAAUAAGGAAAUACACUUUUUUACUGCAGGUAAAAAACAAAAUAGCAGCUGACUUUAUUGCAAUAAUGACAUACUAUUCAUUUUAUGAUUCAAAAGAGUAGGAUAUAUAAAUGUGUAAUUAAGAUAAUGCGAACCUGUCCAGUUGAGCUGGUGAGAAAAUCAACAGUUCAUCAGUAAUAUAAGCCAAAGCUGUUCUUUUGUGUUGUUUUGUACAGUUGCUACGGUUUCCUAAAAAGUCACUCAAAGCACCAUUUCUGUCAUCGGUUUUAUUUUUUAUUGUGCUUUAUUGCAAACCGUGUAGUUGUAUGAACCAGAUCUUGAAUCGAUAUCUAAAGCCAUGAACAUUUGCUGUUCUGUCUGUAUAAUUAAUAAUUUGAGCCAAACAUUUUUUGUUGUUGUGUAUAUAGCGACUUUAAUAUAUAUCACCGGGGUGUGAGUACUUACUGAAUGUACUGUACCAACACCGUUUUCAAGAAAAGUAUAUUUUUGUGGAUUUCAGCCAAGUUUACAAGAGUAGACCCUUAAAAAGUAGAUCAUUCACUGGUCAAUAUUUGCUAUUUCGUUCAUUUUACUGUAAUCUCUUCUAAAUUGAAUUAUCAACAUAAUCUCCCAUGUGGUCAAUUAUUUUUUUCCUCUCUUUAUUAGUGAUGACUGUUUGUCCUGAAUUCAUUGUACUAGCAGUGCUUUUAGGUUGAAGUUCCACUAUUUUCUAACGGGUGAUCACAAGGCCGGAGGGGGAGAAAGAGGGUUUCCUCCCUCUUAUUGUAGUUGAAUACCAGCAGCUGCUGAAGAAUGCACUGCCAACAUUCAAACCCACGGUCCCCGCCCCACACUGAAGAAUAAUCCAUUGUUAUUGCAUGCAGCUCAACUGAAAGACAUGUCAUCUCUCAAGCCCCUUUCCACUGUCUUGUGUUGGUUCGCUGAAUUAAGGCAGAAGACAAACGGUGGCAGCGGUGGCCGCUGACCUUCGCUCCAAACCGAUCAUGCCCGUGCUAAGACGCGUACGUGGUUGUAAAUAUUGCAGUCAGUCGUUAUGUGCAAAAUUACUCGUGUGUUUCCUUAAUUGGCCCCACCCGGAAAUUGUAUCUCAUAUCAAUGCCCUACCAGUAAGACGACUCUAGGCCUUCGGAGCUGGAAAAGUGACAACUGGGUGGCGCGAAGUCACGUGCGCAGGUGUUGCAACGUUUUUUGGCACACCGUGCAGAGACUCUUCUUCUUCUUCAUCGUCACAGGAGCAGAUAAUCCAAGCGGAUAAAUCGGAAACACUCCCAAUGUCAUUGACCCCAAUCUCACUGCUCGAUUGCACACAUUUGUAUGUGAAGUUUGCUGUACGCGAAAGGUAUCGCUCCGCAUUCACCGUGACGUCUCUUGGGCGUGUGUUUCUGAGGUUUCUCCGCCCCACCGUCAGCUCCACAGUAGUCCUCGAUAUACAACCGCAAGGAUCUAUGCAGUUUUAGCCCCAAUUCAUAACACAUAUGCAUACGCUAUGAUGUCAUUACAGGCCAUAUUUAGGCCACAAAAUCGUCAGGAAGAAGAGCAUUUUAGGAUUGACUGUUAGCCUCUUAUCCUGAAGUGCCACAGGUGGCUGGACUACAAGUUACAUCUAAAACAUUAGAUUAAAUGAUUUAUUUGGAUACCCCGGGGCAAUUUCUUCAUGUUCAUAUACAUAGACAUACUUUACAUAAUAUGUAGUGAUCCAUAAUGUAAACCCAGUUUAACAAAGCAGGUGAAAAUAGCAAUAAUAAAAGACUACAACAAAAUGAGUCUGCCCGUCUUGGCAGCACCACCUCGUAGUUGAGCACACACUUUAGCACUUGAUGACAUAUCAGGGAGUUUUGUAGUUUGUUGAUCUAUAUGCACAGUUAGGAAAUGCCUUAUCCCAAAGAAAAACUAUAUUCACCAUUUUUAUUUCAUUUUUUAGACAAUACAAAUAUCACGCAAACUUAACCGGACCUGCCUCUCCUCAGAACCGACCCGCCUAAGAAAAUGCACGGUGAAUGUACGGCGAUACGUUUCCCUUUGCACUUUUGGUCCACGUCCAAACUGUGCACAACUGAUGAAUGUGAAAGGAAAGGGUAAUCAAUGAGGACUUUCUUCACUUUGCUGUGUAAAAGUACACUGCUUUGCUUCAUGGCUUUUAUAAACAGAACUAUGUGUUUGGUAAGUGUUUGUAGUUGAUAGUUCACUUAAUUAAAGAAGCUGUUUUCGGUUUGAUUGCUCAGACCGUUUGGCGGCACAAGCUGGACUUUGUUGCCAAUAUUGAAAUAAUUUGUUUCAAAAUUGAAAGAAAUUUAAAAGUUCUAAACAUUUUCUUUCCCUUGAAUGUGUUUUAUUUUCAUCAUACAAAUAAAUAUUCAAGUGAACUUUUUAUUAAACAAUUAAUAUACUAGAUAUUGUUGUACAAAAUUUGUAUUCUUCACAAAAGUACAAAUAUUGGCUUUUAAUGUGUAAUUUAGGUUAUCUCUCAUUCUGUAUAAAAUGAAGUAAACAACUCUUGCAUAGAAUUUGUUCUUCUGUAAAGUCCCUAACAGUAGAAAACUGUCAACUUUAUUAAACACCUCAGUGUAUGCUCAAUCUGAA